CGACGACGACGACGACGACGACGACGACGACGACAACAACGCGUCCGAUUAACUGCUCGCAAUCUGCAAGGUCAUGGCCCGCCGCUCGAGCACCGGUGCCAUUGUGGCAUUGAUAGCCGUGCUCCUCGGCCUCUGGUGGGCACGAUCAACACAAUCAUCUUCGACAAGCUCCUCACCCACCGCCAAAGACCUGAUCCGCGGCAAAAACAACACAGUCCUCUUUCUGACUACAGAAACACACGGCCUCUGCAAUGUGCACGUGGCCACCGCCUUUGCCCUGGCACAGAGGCACCCAGGAACGUCUGUCAACUACGCCUCGUUCCCGGCCCUGGCCAAGCGGAUCGCGCGCACGUCGGCCCUCGCAGCAGCAAGCCGGACAGAUCCGCAGAUCGAGGACAACGGCUCGCCGCUGAUCACGUUCCACGCCCUCUCAGGGGCCUCAUACCGGGACGUCGUCACGAACUCCACAGCCUACAGUGGCAUGAGCCUGAUCCACGGCCCGGGCCUCGCAGGCGCCGAAGGGCUUUGCCGGGUCAUGGACAUUGGCAUAAACGGGUGGCAGGUCGAUGACCACAUCGCGCAGUAUCACUCUGCUCGCGCCAUCAUGGACGCAGUGGAUCCGUCGAUCGUGGUCGUGGACGUCUUACUAGGCCCAGCGUACGCGGCGGUGCGCGACGCCCGCCGCGCCUACGCUGUGCUCUCGCCCAACACCAUAACUGGGCACACCCCGGCCGUGCAGCCGCUCCAUACAAUGCUUUGGAAGUAUUCGCUAAUCGCGUCCGGCAUCCCGUACCCCAUGAAGACCCCGAAACAACUACUCAUCAACCUCAUCUACACCUACAAGAUGAUUCGCUGCGCAAUCGCCAAAGCAAGCCAAGACGCACAGAAACUCUCCGUCCUGCAGGCCGCCGGGCUCCAGAGCAUUGUGGACGUCACUGCCAUGUACGACCCGGCCGCACCGUUCAUCACGCAGACCCUGCCGGGCGCACACGUCGACCUCCUAGUGGUCCCGGACAACUUCGUCAUGGUCGGACCUGUCAAUCUCGCGGGCGUCGAGGAGCUGCUUCUGGUCAACGACGGGGCGGCCACGCUGCCGCCGCUGCUCGAGUGGGUGCGCCGCGGGCCGACCAUGCUGAUCAACAUGGGCUCCAUGUACGAGUUCCGGGAGCCGGAGCUGCGGGUCAUGGCGGCUGCGAUCGACGUCGUGCUGCGCGAGGUGCCCGGAGUGCAAGUCCUGUGGAAGGCCAAGCUCGCCAAGGAUGUCGUUGGGCCAGAGUCGAGGUACUUCCGCGAUGACGAGGGCCUGCUGGCCAGCUUGUGCCAGGAAGGACAGCAGAACGGCCGGGUCAAGGUUGAGAAGUGGCUCGAGGUGGAGCCACCAACGCUCGUGCUCGAGGAGAAUGUCGUGGCAUAUGUGCAUCAUGGCGGGGCGGGCGCAUUCAACGACGCCCUCGGGGCUGGUAUCCCGCAUGUCGUCCUCCCGAUGUGGGCGGACCUGUACGACUAUGCAACACUGGUCGAGUACCUUGAUAUCGGGCUCUGGGGGUGCCCGGAAACCAGCCCAGUCUGGGAGGUCGAGUGUCUUUCAUCCGCGUUCGUCGAAGUGCUCUCGGGGAGGGGUAAUGAGACCAGCUCGCGUGGUUCGAUCAGGCGGGCUAACGCCGCCAGGUUUGGGGAGCAGGCGAAGAAGCAGGUCGGGAGGGAUGUUGCGGCGCAAGAGAUUGCGCGUUUGGCGUCUUUGUAAGGGAGAAUCUGGUGCAGUGAGGGAUGAUUGCGCGAUGUUACGGACAUGGUUUGUUGUAUAACUUCGGAGCAAAAAGUAUCAACAAUGGGGCAUAUACGGGGAACCUAGACAAGAAAAGAGUGCUAGUAUAGCUACGCAGAUUCUCUCAGGGUGGCCUGAGACCUCGCAGCGAAUAGGUACAACAUAAUUAGCAUCCGAGUGGCUGUAUUCGAACCAAAUCCGCGCGAUGCUAGCAAGGCCACCGAUAAUCCA